CUCCUUUUAGGCGCUUGUACUGAACCCUGCAGGUUACAACGUUGCAACAUUGAGCACACACAGACGAAUUCACACACUGUGUACAUCACAGCAAACACUCGCUAAACAUGUCCUACAGAGGCGAACGAGGACGGGGUGGUUUUGACAGAGGGAGGGGAGGACGAGGAAGCCCUAGUGACCGGGGACGGAAUUCACCCUCUGGCUUUCGUGGCGGUGACCGUGGCGGUAGGGGUGGCGGUGGUGACCGUGGUGGUCGAGGUUUCGACAGGGGCGGUGACCGUGGUGGUGGUCGAGGGUUCGACAGGGGCGGCGACCGUGGUGGCGGUCGAGGGUUCGACAGAGGCCGUGGAAGGGGCUUUGGUGCUCCCAGAGAACAAGGCGGAGUAUUUCUCCAGGGCCAACCAGCUACCGUCGACGCUCGAAUAGCUGACGACUCCGACAAGGCGCUUGUCGCUAGUUUACGAACCACACAGCUCGGGAAUGACCCUGACAGCAUGCCCUUGCGUCCAGACUUUGGUAGCGCUGGGGUCCAAAUCAAACUUCGCACCAAUUUUUUUCCUGUGCGCGUUCCCAAGGGACCACUUUAUGAAUAUGACGUAUCAAUCACCCCUGCAGCUGGAACAGCUAUACGUCGUGUCAAGCGUCGUAUAUUCCAGCUUGCAGAACAGACUACUGAGUGGCAACAAGCUGGGAUGCGUAACGCCGUUGCACACGACAGCAGCUCAAAGCUUAUAUCGGCUCGUGUUCUGGCACAGCCUCUCACCAUCAAAGUUCCCUAUUACGACGAGGACCCAACUGGGCCUCCGGCACCGGGUGGUAAAGAGUACACGCUCGCAAUUAAAUUUAUCCAGGAAAUAAAUACACAGGAUCUCAUGAGUUACUUGAACGGGGAUGGCCAAUAUCGGAACUACAACAUCCUUCCCGUUAUUUCCGCGCUGAAUCUCAUUCUUGCCGCGCAUCCAUUGCGCAGUGGUAUCAAAGUUGGUCAAGACCGCUACUUCUUCCGCUCCGCUGCUCCUCCAUCCAAUCUCGGCGGUGGUUUAGAAGCAUGGAAGGGCUUCUAUUCCUCCGUGCGCCCAUCUCAUCGUCAGCUGAUGGUGAACGUCAAUGUCUGCACCACAGCGUUCUAUACCCCUGGAAAUCUUGCGGUGCAGAUGGUGGCCUUCAGUAAUUCCAGUUUCGGCGCACGAAUGGAAGCAUUCUGUAAAAGCGUCAGAGUCAAAGCUACCCAUCUUGGCUACCGAAAGACCGUUAAGGGUCUUGCCCGCCAGAACGCACGCCAAUACACCUUCUCGUGCGACGAACUUGGAGGACAAGUCUCAGUGGAGCAGUACUUCUUGCAGAAAUAUAAGAUUCGCCUGCAGCACCCUGACCUACCUCUUGUUGAUGUCGGGGGGCAGAAGAAGAACUACCUGCCAGCCGAAGUUUGCGAAAUCCUUCCUGACCAGCCUUUCCGUGGCAAACUUACGGAUGAGCACACUGCAUCUAUGAUUACAGUCGCGUGCCAACCACCCAAUGUCAAUGGCAACGCUAUCGUGAACAGCGGUCUCGCUGAGCUCGGGUUUACAAACCCAGGUCCCACACUCAACGCGUUUGGCGUAUCCAUCGGGCCCAACAUGGCAGUAGUACCCGGCCGGAUCCUCCCGAGACCUGGUCUCAAGUAUGCCAACAAUGUGUCGCCCGCAGUCGAUGACCGAGCCUCGUGGAAUCUGCGGAACAUUCGUUUUGCUGUGGGCGCACGCUUGGAGAAGUGGGCUGUCCUACUCAUUGGCGAUCGUAAUUCCAGAGACGAGUUUCAGGGACCUCAAGACCCUGCCCUCCGUGAUGUUAUCACCGGGUUUAUGGGCAUGUGCAGGAAUAGCGGGAUUGCCGUAUCAAAUGAACAACCCCAGGUUGCAGCCGCAAACCUCCCACCACCAGAUAGAAGUGAUCCGCUUAGAAAGAUGGCUAUCAAUGUUAUACGUGAAAGGCUGAUACAGCUGCGGCCAAAGCCUUCCAUGGUGCUCGUGAUGCUAUCAAGCGGCGACAAGAACAUUUACGAAGGACUAAAGCACCUAUGUGACGUCUACCUCGACGUCGCUACUGUGUGUGUACACGUUGCCAAGAUUAGGAAGGAGAAGGGACAACCGCAGUAUUUCGCAAACGUGGCCUUGAAGGUGAACAUGAAAAUGGGCGGUGUCAACCAUAAACUCGAUGAAAACACGGGUCGGUGGCUCUCCGGCGAGCCAACGAUGGUUGUCGGAAUGGAUGUAACCCAUCCUGGUCCUGGAAGCGCAAGAGGAACUCCCUCGAUUGCCGCGGUAGUUGCAAGCGUGGACAAUCACUUCGCUCAAUACCCUGCAAGUCUCGAAAUCCAGGAGUCGCGGAAAGAGAUGAUUACCAACCUCAAGGACAUGAUGGUCGCGAGGCUUCAACUUUUCAAGCAGCACAGCAAAGUACUGCCUAAACGCGUACUGGUUUAUCGUGAUGGCGUGUCCGAGGGACAAUUCAAUAUCGUCCGAAUGGAGGAGCUCCCGGAGAUAGUGAAAGCCUUCCAUACCUUCGAUCAGCCAAAGAAGCCUUAUCGGCCAAAGCUGACUAUUGUGAUUUGUGGCAAGAGGCAUCAUACCAGGUUCUAUCCCACAGAAGGGAAGGAUGCUGCAAAUGACGGCAACCCAAAGCCUGGAACAGUAGUUGAUCGUGGGGUCACAGCAGUAUAUGACUUUGACUUCUUCCUCCAAGCCCAUGGCGGUUUGCAGGGUACGACGAAGCCGACCCACUACUACGUUGUCCACGAUGAAAUAGGCUUCGGAGCAGAUGGUCUUCAGGGCCUUACGAAUGCCCUGAGCUACAUGUUUGCGCGCGCCACUAAGGCCGUAAGCCUUGUAUCCCCCGCAUAUUACGCUGAUGUGGCGUGCGAGCGUGGGCGAUGCUACUUGAGGAAGCUCCUCCAGGGCCAGAUUGGGGAUGGCACAACGGCCAGCGGUAGCACCAACGAACAAGAUGUCAUGAAAGAAGCACAGGCACUCUGGCGUACUGGUGUCUCCAAGAGCUUGAAGGACACCAUGUUUUACUUGUGAACCGUGCGCAUAUACUUUUAUUUUGACUACUGAUUGCCAUGGGCUCGUUCAUUUCUGUACUGAUAGCCAUCCCUGUCUCGUCUUCUGUUGUACUCUUAAAUUGCUUGGUUUCCUGGCCAAUUAGAUGGCUUCCAGCCAUGUUUGCUGUAGUUGUUUAGAUAUGAAAACUGAUGGAUCUCCUGUAAUACUAUAUGAACUGUAUCUCGUUGAAGCUAUAUAUUUUCUUGCUCUACCCCCUC